GUCCGGGACAUUCCGCACCUGGGGUUUGAUGCCGGCACAAUUCCACCCCGCACCAAGUACGAGCUACUAUGAAGGGAAUAGUCCUGCUCUACCCUGUAUGCUUACCUGCCUUAGCCUCGACGCUCAGCCCUUGAGCUGGCGCGCCCAUUUUAGUAUUCGUCCGCUUUUCGUCCCAUUUUCGCUGCUUACUUGGACUUGUGAACCCCCAAGGAAGAAACCUCGUCGACUCUAAGCUGCGGGAUUUAUCGUUGGAUUUUCGCCCCUCUUUGCUCCAAAGUCCAACCCACACUGCGUCGAUUCUUCUGGUCCCAAUGGACGUCGCCCUGCGCCUUGUUGGCGCUGCCACUUUGGCGACCCUGGGCUACAAGGCGCUCGACGCCGCGUCGCUUUGGCUGCUCCCGGCCGUCUCUCUGUCGCGGUACCAACAUCGUGACGCUAAUGGCAGGCCUUGUUCGUGGGCGCUCGUUACCGGUGCGUCUGCUGGCAUUGGCCUCGGCUGCGCCCUCGAGCUCGCUUGUCGCGGCUUUAACGUCAUCAUCCUCGGCCACAAGCCGUCCGAGCUUGCUGAGGCCGAGGCCGCAAUCCUAGCCGAAGCGCCCUCUGUCGAGGUCAGGGUCGUCGUGCUCGAUGCCGUGCGCGCCACGGCCGCCGACAUCGACGCGGCACUCGACUCGGUGGCCGACCUCGGGCUGGCCGUGCUCGUGAACAACAUCGGUGGCAUCGUCGUUCAGGACACCAGGCGCACGCUGCGGACGCUGGACGAGUUCACGGCGCAGGACGUCGACAACACCAUCUCCCUCAGCGCCCGGUUCAUGGCGCAGGUGACACGGCGUCUCAUCCCUACCCUCAGACAGCACAGCGUCGGUGCGCGGUCGCUCAUCAUCAACCUCUCGUCCGCCGCACACCUCGGCUUGCCGCAGCUGGGGCCCUAUUCCAGCUGCAAGGGCUUUGUUAACGCCAUGACCGCGUCCUUGGCUAGAGACUUCCGCACCGCAGGCGUCGGUGUCGACGCCAUCGCCAUCAUCCCGGGCGAUGUUCGGUCGCAGAGCAAUGAUAUAGCGCCCCCCAGCGCCCCCGACAGCCGCCAGUAUGCCAAGGCCAUCAUGGAACGCGUCGGACGGGCCGUCGACAAGGACUGGCUCACUCUGUCGCCCUGGUGGCCGCAUGCGGCCCAGAUCUGGAUGCUAAGGGUCGCCCUGCCCGAGUGGCUAGCCCGAAAGGCUCUCAGCGACGAAUUUGCGAAAAAGAAACAGCAGGAGGCCUUGAAACAUGCCAAUAAGGACGACUGAUUGCCGAGGGUGAAGGUGAAGGUGAAGGUGUCUUGGAGAGUAGAUUAUAGUCACUCGGCCGCCACCCACCUCGAUUACAAUAGUUAUUCUCAAUGGUAAUAUUGCUUUAAAUUUAUACUACCUUUUAAAUAUCUAGGUACUAACAACUACUCUACCAUAGUUAAAUAGCAACUUGAAGCCAUAAUAUACGUGAGUAUAUUCUUCUCUAAGGACGCGUGAUUUGUGAAAUGUGGUUUAUUUAUCAUUCCACCAACUAAGAACGGCC